GCAUCACAAAUUUCUUUAGUCAUAUACACAACAUCAUAGGUUAAAAAUACACCCGGCAUUAGAUACUCUUUCUCAUCUUUAAACAACCCUUCAAAAAAUGGCCAUUCGUAUGCCUCGGAUCGUUCAAGCAAAACAAAUCCUCCGUCGGUCAUUCUCAAAUGGAAGAAGUACAUCAGCAUCAAUGAACAUCCCAUCAGGCUAUUUUGCGGUAUAUGUUGGAGAGCAAGAAAAAAAGCGAUUUGUGGUUCCUGUUUCAUUGUUGAGUCAACCUUCAUUCCAAAAAUUACUACACCAGUCAGAAGAAGAGUUUGGGUAUAACCAUCCAAUGGGUGGCCUCACAAUUCCAUGUAAUGAAGACAUAUUCACUGAUCUUGCUGCUCGUUUAGGCGCCUUAUGAGUUAAAUAUAACAUUCGGUGCUAGCAGCGAUUUUGUAAAUCACUAACCACUAGUUUCUUUUAGUAUCGUUUGUAAACAGAAGCGCUUGUUCCAUUUGUAUAAAACUAGAAUUAGAAACGAUCUGAUAUAAAAAAGCUUAUACUCUUAAUAUUUUUGAUA